UCACUUAUACUUGCUCUUCUGUUCAUUCCUUGUGGACUGAGGUGGGCCACUGACUCAAGAUGUCUCAGACUGAGCUCGAAAAAUGCUGUGAGUGCAUCAUCAACAUUUUCCACCAAUACUCGGUCAGGGUGGAUCAUUUCGAUAUGCUCAGCAAGGGAGAGCUGAAGAAGCUGAUAGAGCAGCAGCUGCCCAACUUCCUGAAGAAAACGAAGGACCCCAAGUCUAUUGACCGCUUAUUUGAAGAGCUCGAUAAGGACAAGAAUGGACAGCUCUCAUUUGAGGAAUUUGUUGUUUAUAUGGCCAGAGUGCUGAUUGCUUCCCAUGACCACAUCCACCAGAAAGAAGGGCAGGGUCAGGGUCAGGGCCAUGGUCAAGAUCACUGUCACGGUCAUGGCCACAGCCACUAA